ACUAAACCGAUAACUGACACGUUGUUUGCGAACUCACGUGUGUCUUGUAGCCGAUUUUGCAUUGAUUUGAACUCCCCCCUAUUUCUGUAGUUGGUACAUUCCGGCAAAAGCGAAUGUGAAGCAGCACGUGGUUGGAUUGGGAGAUUUUCGGGGAGUGAAGUUUUGUAGAUUUUGGCUGAAUUGAAAGUUGUAUUGGAAAUGGAGUUUGAAGAAUCCGGUAUCGGAGAGGAAUGUGGGGUUUUCGGUUGUGUUGCUGCAGGAGAAUGGCCAACACAGCUUGAGGUUGCCCAGAUUAUAACCCUGGGGCUUGUAGCUCUGCAGCACAGGGGCCAAGAAAGUGCAGGCAUUGUUACAAGUAAUGGCUCCAGUCCACCUACAUACACCACCCUCAAGGGCAUGGGGUUAGUCAGCUCAGCUUUUAAACCUGAAGAUUUGCUGAAGCUGCGAUAUGGUAACUUGGGGAUCGGACACACACGUUAUUCCACCACAGGAAUGUCAGAGCUGCAAAACUGCCAGCCGUUUGUGGUAGACACUCUGCACGGCAAGAUUGCCGUGGCACACAACGGAGAACUCGUCAACGCUGCUGCACUGCGCAGAAAGGUGAUGAGACAUGGUGUAGGUCUUUCCACUAGUUCGGACAGCGAGCUCAUUACUCAGCUGCUCUGUCUGACUCCGCCAAUGGAGGAGGUUGACAAUCCUGAUUGGGUAGCACGCAUUAAGAACUUGAUGACUGAGGCUCCAACAGCGUACUCCUUGCUGAUAAUGCACAAAGACGUGAUCUACGCUGUGCGAGACCCGUACGGCAACAGACCGCUGUCUAUCGGACGGCUGGUGCCCAUCUCCAAACUACACAGCUCUGGAGGUGGAGAAGGAGACACAGAAGGCUGGGUUGUCUCCUCAGAAUCCUGCAGCUUCCAGUCCAUCGGCGCCAAGUAUUACCGUGAAGUCCAACCUGGAGAAAUCGUGCAGAUCUCCAAACAUGGGGUCAAGAGCCUGAACAUAAUCCCCCGUCCCGAGCGAGAUCCUCCAGCUUUCUGUAUAUUUGAGUAUGUCUACUUUGCCAGGCCAGACUCCAUAUUUGAAGGUCAGAUGGUUUAUACAGUCAGGCAACGCUGUGGACGCCAGCUGGCCAUCGAGGCCCCGACUGAUGCGGACGUGGUCAGUACAGUGCCCGAGUCUGCGACUCCAGCUGCUUUAGGAUACGCACAAGUGUCUGGCCUGCCCUAUGUCGAGGUCCUGUGUAAAAACCGCUACGUCGGCAGGACGUUUAUUCAACCAAAUACUCGUUUGCGUCAGCUCGGGGUGGCUAAGAAAUUUGGGGCGCUGACGGACAACUUUUCUGGCAAACGAGUUGUUCUCGUCGAUGAUUCUAUCGUGAGAGGCAACACCAUCUCGCCCAUCAUUAAACUGCUCAAGGAGGCCGGAGCAACAGAGGUCCACAUUCGUGUGGCGUCUCCUCCGAUUCGGUUCCCCUGCUACAUGGGCAUCAACAUUCCUACCAAAGAAGAGCUUAUUGCUAACAAACCAGAGUUCAAGGACAUUGCAAACUAUAUUGGAGCCACCAGUGUGCGUUACCUGUCCGUCGAGGGCCUUGUGUCUGCAGUUCAGAGUGGGAUCGAGACAUGCGACAAGAAGCAGAUCAGCUCCAGCAGCAAAGCUAGCACAAAACUGGGUCACUGUACAGCCUGCCUGACUGGUAAAUACCCCGUCGAGCUGGAGUGGUGAUGAAACACACAGCAACGCAACAGCCGACGUCGCACCUCGUGAAAACGUAGCCUGUGAUGAGUGGUAACCAUUACAGAUGGAUUAGCUCCACUAUACUGGGAGGUAUGAAAGGUAAUCAUGAUUGCUUUAUAAACAAGGGUUUCUACUCUCUAAAGGACAUUUCAGUUUUUCACCCUUUUGUAUAUUUUGACAGUUACCGUGAUGUGCCAUAUACUUCAGUAUGUUCACUUGUAUGCAAAUUUAAGCACUUUAUUUUGCCCCUCAUUUCCUGUCCAACGACUUCUGUUCGCCAAUCACAUGGUUCGAGCAGCUGUGACCUCUGAACAGUCUUUUGUUUCAGCGAUGCCGCCGAGUUACACUAAGAACAUUUACAUCUAGACUGUUUAGUUGUUUGCUUUGUGUAAUAUUACUCAUCAUUUGUAUCUCUCUCUUUUCUUAUAAGCCUUUCUUAUAGCCACGGCAUUAUUACGGACAUCGGACAAAGCGUAUGUGAAGGAAUGUCAUGAGGAAUUGUCAAAGUAAAUGUGUGUGAAAUAAAGCUGCUUUUGUUUGUUCCGUUUCAACUUGUGUAGCAAAACCUGUUGCAAUCCAGUAUAAUUAAAAAACACACAACAGCAUGUUGAAAUAAAA